AUGGUCUGAGUGAAGCGACAAGGCAGCGGGAGCCUUGCGAACAGGGUUGGCGCCAUGGGGCUGCGGGUGCUGCUGUGUGUGUCCCUGAUGUCCCUCCUCACCCUGCAGGCCCUGCCCGCUCAGGCUUCACCCCAAAGGCCCAAAAGCAGCGAGAAGCGACAGGCUGUGGACACAGCUGUCGACGGCGUGGUCAUCCAGAGUUUGAAAGUCAACUGCAAAGUCACCUCUCGCUUCGCCCACUAUGUCAUCACCAGCCAAGUGGUCAACAGCGCCGACCAACCAAAGGAAGUGGCUUUCAGUGUGGAGAUCCCCAAGACGGCCUUCAUCAGUGACUUUGCCAUCACAGCAAACGGGAAAGCAUUCAUCGGGGACAUAAAGGAAAAAGCAAUUGCGUGGAAGCAGUACCGGAAAGCGGCCGUCUCAGGAGAGAAUGCCGGCCUUGUCAGGGCCUCGGGAAGAACGAUGGAGCAGUUCACCAUCCACCUCACCAUCGGUCCCCGCACUAAGUCCAUGUUCCGGUUGACCUACGAGGACGUGCUGAAGCGGAAGCUCAUGCAGUACGACAUUGACAUCAAAGUCAAGCCCAAGCAGCUGGUGCAUCAUUUUGAGAUCGACGUGGACAUCUUUGAGCCCCAGGGGAUCCGCAAGCUGGAUGUCCAGACCUCCUUCCUCCCCAAGGAACUGGCAGCUCAACUCAUCAAGAAGUCCUUCUCAGGCAAAAAGGGUCAAGUGCUGUUCCGCCCCACCGUGGGCCAGCAGCAGUCCUGCCCCACAUGCUCCACUACCUUGCUGGAUGGGGAGUUCAAGGUGACCUAUGAUGUCAAUCGAGACAAGAUCUGCGACCUCCUGGUCGCCAAUAACUACUUUGCCCACUUCUUUGCCCCCCAAAACUUGACGAACCUGAACAAGAACCUGGUUUUUGUGAUUGACAUCAGCAACUCCAUGGAAGGCCAGAAAGUGAAGCAGACAAAGGAAGCACUCCUUAAAAUCCUGGAGGACGUACGGCCAGAGGACUACUUCGACUUGGUCCUCUUUGGGUCUCAAGUGCAGUCGUGGAGGGGCUCACUGGUGCCAGCAUCCGCUGCCAAUCUGCAAGCAGCUCAGGACUUCGUGCGGAGCUUCUCCCUGGCCGGGGCCACAAACCUGAAUGGAGGUUUGCUCCUGGGAAUUGACAUCUUGAACAAAGGUCAGAGAAGCAACCCAGAACUCAGCAACCAUGCCCCAAUUCUUAUCAUGUUGACAGAUGGCGAGCCCACAGAGGGAGAGACCGACCGUACCCAAAUCCUCAAGAAUGUCCGCAGCGCCAUUGGGGGCAAGUUCCCGCUCUACAACUUGGGCUUUGGCCACAAUGUGGACUUCAGCUUCCUGGAGGUCAUGUCCAUGGAGAACAAUGGACGGGCCCAGAGGAUCUAUGAGGACCAUGACGCCACCCAGCAGCUGCAGGGUUUCUACAACCAGGUAGCCACCCCCUUGCUGGUGGAUGUGGAGUUGCAAUACCCCAAGGACACUGUCUCAGAGCUGACCCAGCACAGCCAUAAACAGUACUACGAAGGUUCAGAGAUCGUGGUGGCUGGGCGCAUCGCUGACCAGAAGCUGAGCAGCUUCAAGGCGGAUGUGCGGGCCCAUGCGGAUGGCCGAGAAUUCAAGACCACCUGCCUGGUGGACGAGGAAGAGAUGAAGAAGCUGCUCCAAGAGCGGGGCCACAUGCUGGAGAACCACGUGGAACGCCUCUGGGCCUACCUCACCGUCCAGGAGCUGCUGGCCAAGCGGAUGAAGUUGGAGGGGCCGGAGAAGGCCAAACUGAUGGCCAAGGCCCUGCAGAUGUCGCUAGCCUAUCAAUUUGUAACCCCGCUGACCUCCAUGACCAUGAGGGGUUUGGUGGAUGAGGAUGGCCUGGAGCCCGUCAUUGACAAGUCAACAGUGGGUUCUCCUCCCUUGGGUGAGUUUUUAAAUCACGUUGGUUUUCUCAAGGGGUUUCCAGUGGCUGGGCAAGUGGCAUGUGCUCCAGGGCUCAGGCAGGCAGCUCCCACCCCCAUCGCCCUGCCUCCAGCCCUUCGUGGUCUCUUCUUCCCCAAGACGCCCUUGCCCACUUCGCCACACACUAGUUGCCGCCUCCUGGCACAGCCUGAACCCGCACUGGCCUCCUUUGGGGCCUCGUGUGAGCGCAUGUAUGUGGAGGGCUGGGACCCCAGGAGGAGGGCCGGCCCAGGCCAGAUGGGCCUUUGGGCCCAGGGUGCACUUGGAGAACCUAGGUGUUUCCUGGUGAGGAAACCCAGCCCAGGGCUUCCUUCCUCUGCUCCAGCUCCCCUCACUGCCUCUCCCUGCGAAUCCUCACACAGUGCCCUGACCAGGACCUGGCCUCCCCCGCCCUUUUGCCACCAGCCCCACCAGGUCCCCAUGGAAGGAGACAGAACAGGUUGGCCCACUGCCCUGGGCCAAAUUUCUCUUCCUACCUCCAGAGAGGCAUUCCGGGCUCUGUGUCCACUCCUACUCCGGUGGCCUCAGGGGUGGGAGGGGCCUCAGAAAAGGAGCCAGCAGCUCCAGGGAAGCCCAGCAGCCUUCCUUCUAAAUGCCCUUUGCUCUUGCUGGUCAGCGUUCGUACUGCCGGCCUCGCAGCAGCCGACUGGCUCCAGUGUCCCGGUGGGGCCAAUCACAACUGUGGACAGUGACCCCCACUUCAUCAUCCACGUGCCCCAGAAAGAGGACGCACUGUGCUUCAACAUCAACGAAGAGCCUGGCGUGGUCCUGAAUCUGGUGCAGGACCCCAACACAGGCUUCUCAGUGAAUGGGCAGCUCAUAGGCGACAAGGCCAGGCGCCCCGGGCAGCAUGAGGGCACGUACUUCGGACGGCUGGGGAUCGCAAACCCUGUUACGGACUUCCAACUGGAAGUGACUCCUCAGAACAUCACACUGAACCCUGGCUCACAUGGACCUGUGUUUUCCUGGAGGGACCAGGCCUCGCUGCGGCAGGAUGGGGUGAUGAUGACCAUCAACAGGAAGAGGAACCUGGUGGUGUCUGUGGAGGAUGGAGGCACCUUUGAGGUGGUCUUGCACCGGGUGUGGAAGGGGAGCGCCAUCCACCAGGCCUUCCUGGGCUUCUACGUGCUAGAUAGUCACCGGAUGUCGGCGCGGACACACGGGCUGCUGGGACAAUUCUUUCACCCCUUUGAUUAUAAAGUGUUCGACCUGCACCCAGGCUCCGACCCCACAAAGACAGACGCCACAAUGGUGGUGAUCACAGGCCACCCUUCCCUCUUCAGGGGGUCCCCUUUGUCAAAGCAUCGAUGA